AUGGUUUCGUUAGUGCAAUCGCUGAAAUGGUGGAUUUCAGUGUUCGGAUGGUUAGGGGCGUUGGCUUCCUGGUUUCAAAUCAUAGUUGUGCUUGGACUUGGUCGAGAGGAAAUUCUGCAACACAGAUGGAAAUUUGUUGUCUUCAUCUUCUUGUGGAUAAUAAUUACUUGUUCUUAUUUUAACGCAAUGUUUACAAUAGCACAACCAGUACCGCAACAGUACCGUUUUGAAGUUCCUGACAGUGAGGCCGACAAAACUGCAGUCAUUCGAAAGAAAGCGGAGCUAUUCAAUGUGUUUACGAUAAAUUACUGCGAAAGCUGCCACUGUAUUAAGCCUCUCCGCACCCACCACUGUAAAAUGUGCCGUCGAUGCGUGCUGCGUAUGGAUCAUCAUUGUCCGUUAUUACAGGUCUGUGUUCAUCACCACAAUCACAAGUUUUUCCUACUGUUCCUACUGUGGCCAUGCACGUUGGGCAUCUACGUCUCCUUGAUCACAAUCCCUUUCGUCAUUCGCACUGUACAGAACCUCUGGAAUGGUGGAGCACUCUGCUCUGAACAUCAUCUUUUGAACAGCGCUAUUAUGAAUGCAGUCGUGAUAGCGAUUUCUGUGGGAUCAUUACUGAAAACACAGAUGCAGAGUUUGUUCCUAAACCGCACUACAAUUGAGGAUUCCCAGCUAACCUUUAUCGAUGAAGAUGAAAUGAACCACGAGUUCUCUAUAUUCGACUUGGGAACACGAUUCGACAACUUUUGCUCGAUCUUCGGCAGUUCUCCCAUAACUUGGUUUAUCCCAGUCUAUACUACACCCGGUGAUGGCGUAAAUUAUCCUUAUCGUAUACGUUCUGGGAAAGAUGUAUCGAACGAUCUGACCUCCGAGCUGGGCAGAAGGAAACGAGCGGCUUGGGGAGCAUUCAAGAGCAUCGAGGAUGUAGUGAAGGAGACCAAGAACAUCCGGGUCUCUGCUCACCUAUUCAACACCACCGUUCUUUCUACUUUGACCGAGAAACGUGGGCGUUUCGCAGGCAGGAGGAAAAUGCGAUCGGCGUCAUAG